CAGAUGGUAAUACACAAAACAUAACUAUUUACUCUGCUAAGCUCUCUACCACAUCACACGCAAUUUGACAUUGUCGUGUUCCUUUGCUUUUAACCGAUAAACCCUCCUUUCAUGUUCUGUAACUCCAAAUGGCUGCGUUCGCUAAACCCUCCCAUUCCCAACUUCGUGCUCAAAGGGAUCAUCCUCUUCUUCCUUCUACUUCAACUUCAACUUCCAGCAACUUCAAGCUCAAAACAUUCACUUUCUCCCACAACUUGCACACACUUCACCCCCCUUUUAGAAAAGCUAAACAUAUUUGUGUCUCGAAUUCUGCCACUACUACCACCUCCCUCAGCAGCAACCACAACCCAAACUCUCAUAUUUACCAACUGUGCCUUCUUGGGAACUUGGACCGUGCCAUGAGCUACUUAGACUCCAUGCACGAGCUUCGAAUUCCCGUUGAAGAUGAUGCUUACGUUGCCUUGAUACGGCUGUGUGAGUGGAAGAGGGCAAGGAAAGAAGGAUCUCGUGUUUACUCCUAUGUUUCCAUUUCCAUGUCCCAUUUGAGUCUUCAACUGGGGAAUGCCCUUUUGAGCAUGUUUGUGAGGUUUGGGAACUUGGUGGAUGCUUGGUAUGCUUUUGGGAGAAUGGAGAAGAGGAAUUUGUUCUCUUGGAAUGUUUUGGUUGGUGGGUAUGCUAAAGCUGGCCUCUUUGAUGAGGCUUUGGACCUCUAUCAUAGAAUGUUGUGGGUUGGUGUGAAACCUGAUGUUUACACUUUCCCUUGCGUUUUGAGGACUUGUGGUGGCAUGCCUAACUUGGUGAGGGGUAGAGAGAUCCAUGUUCAUGUCAUAAGGUAUGGGUUUGAAUCAGAUGUCGAUGUGGUUAAUGCUUUGAUAACUAUGUAUGUGAAAUGUGGGGAUGUCAAUACUGCUAGGUUGGUGUUCGACAAAAUGCCUAAUAGAGACAGGAUUUCGUGGAAUGCCAUGAUUUCUGGGUAUUUUGAAAACGGGGUGUGUUUGGAGGGACUGAGAUUGUUUGGCAUGAUGAUCAAAUAUCCGGUUGAUCCAGAUUUGAUGACCAUGACCAGUGUGAUUACUGCAUGUGAACUUCUGGGUGAUGAUAGAUUGGGGAGGCAGAUUCAUGGUUAUGUUCUGAGAACGGAGUUCGGGAGAGACCCUUCAAUUCAUAAUUCGUUAAUUCCAAUGUACUCAUCUGUUGGACUUAUUGAGGAAGCUGAAACAGUUUUCUCUCGAACAGAAUGUAGAGAUGUGGUAUCGUGGACUGCGAUGAUAUCAGGUUAUGAGAACUGUUUGAUGCCUCAGAAAGCUCUUGAGACAUAUAAAAUGAUGGAAGCAGAAGGUAUCAUGCCAGAUGAAAUCACCAUAGCCAUAGUACUCUCUGCUUGUUCUUGCUUAUGCAAUUUAGACAUGGGGAUGAACCUUCAUGAGGUAGCCAAGCAGAAAGGGCUCGUCUCUUAUUCGAUAGUUGCAAACUCACUCAUUGACAUGUAUGCCAAGUGUAAAUGCAUUGACAAGGCCUUAGAGAUUUUCCAUUCUACUCUUGAGAAGAAUAUUGUAUCUUGGACAUCUAUAAUCCUUGGUCUUCGCAUCAACAACCGGUGUUUUGAAGCUUUAUUUUUCUUCAGGGAGAUGAUUCGUAGACUGAAGCCAAACUCUGUUACUUUAGUUUGUGUCCUUUCUGCAUGUGCUAGAAUAGGAGCUUUGACAUGUGGAAAAGAGAUCCAUGCCCAUGCAUUGAGAACUGGAGUAAGCUUUGAUGGUUUUAUGCCCAAUGCAAUUUUAGAUAUGUAUGUAAGGUGUGGAAGAAUGGAAUAUGCUUGGAAACAAUUUUUCUCAGUUGAUCAUGAAGUUACCUCAUGGAACAUUUUGCUAACAGGAUAUGCAGAACGUGGGAAAGGAGCACAUGCUACUGAGCUUUUUCAGAGAAUGGUAGAGUCAAACGUUAGUCCUAAUGAAGUUACAUUUAUCUCCAUAUUAUGUGCUUGCAGCAGAUCAGGUAUGGUGGCAGAAGGCUUAGAAUAUUUUAACAGCAUGAAGUAUAAGUACUCUAUUAUGCCUAAUCUGAAACAUUAUGCAUGUGUGGUUGAUUUACUUGGCCGUUCUGGGAAAUUGGAGGAAGCUUAUGAAUUCAUACAGAAAAUGCCAAUGAAACCAGACCCAGCAGUUUGGGGAGCUUUAUUAAAUUCAUGUAGGAUUCACCAUCAUGUUGAACUUGGGGAGCUUGCUGCAGAGAAUAUCUUUCAAGAUGAUACAACAAGUGUUGGAUACUACAUUCUUCUCUCUAAUCUUUAUGCUGACAAUGGUAAAUGGGACAAGGUUGCAGAAGUAAGAAAAAUGAUGAGACAGAAUGGGCUCAUAGUAGAUCCUGGAUGCAGCUGGGUGGAAGUCAAGGGUACAGUGCAUGCUUUUCUCAGCAGUGAUAACUUUCACCCUCAAAUAAAGGAAAUCAAUGCACUUCUGGAGCGGUUUUAUAAGAAGAUGAAGGAAGCUGGUGUUGAAGGGCCAGAAAGCAGUCAUAUGGACAUAAUGGAAGCUUCCAAGGCUGAUAUAUUUUGUGGGCACAGUGAGAGACUGGCCAUUGUCUUUGGGCUUAUUAAUUCUGGCCCUGGGAUGCCUAUUUGGGUGACAAAGAAUUUGUACAUGUGCCAAAGUUGCCACAACAUUGUCAAAUUUAUCUCUAGGGAGGUUCGUAGAGAGAUUUCUGUAAGGGAUGCUGAACAAUUUCACCAUUUCAAGGGAGGCAUCUGCUCUUGCACGGAUGAAGCUUAUAGGAGCUAGCCUGAUUAGCAGGAAAACUGUGAGAUAUGUAGCAUCGCAUUGAAAAGUCAGAGUCGGAAAAUGUUGCAACUUUAAGAUCUUGCACGUCAAUGAUCAACGGGCCUUUGAAUCAUCAAUCAACCCUAUAUAUAGCAUGCUAUACAGAGAGCGGGGAAAAAUAAUGUUAUGUCUGUUGUACAUAGACAUAGGUAGGUAUAUAGUUUUUUUACGUAAGUAUAUAUAUUUUUUCAACAUGUUCACCCCCACCUCCCUUCCAAAAAAGGGGAAAAAAAUCAGGACAUGUCUGCUCCUGUGGUCCAAGAUUUUAUUGUAACCUACAAUCCAACAAAGUGAUACAAAUAGAAUUUUGAUGGGGUGGAAAUUUACAUGGUAAAUUCCACAGUGCUAUAGUGUUAUUGCAAUUUCUUUAUGGUGUCUGUUUUCAUAGACAUACUAGUAGGAGAAAGCAGUCUUAGACGUAGGAAAUUAGGAGACAAAUAGUGUGAGAUUUGAACAUGACUUCUCAUGUAUGAGAGGAUUCAUUCCGAUCAAGUACCAAAAUGUCUUAUGACAUUUAAUUCAAUGAAAUGAAUGUUCUUUAUUUUGCAAGAA